CCUCAACAGCCCAUUCUGACGGAGAGGCCCGGCGCGGGCUCCCAGCUCCUGCAGUGAUUGGCCGAGGCCUCUGCGGAGGGCGGAGCUUGCCCGUGCUGGAGACCUGCCCGCCGGCUCUCCCCGGCUCCGCCCCAGCGUUGCUCCCUCCCACUUUACUACAGGCGGCUGAAGCCGGGGCCGCUGCACCAUACGGGAGGGAACAGCCUGGCCCGGCACGACCCCGCCCGCAGCUCCCGCCCGCGCGCAAGCUUUAGCCUAGCAGCAGCCACCGCCUCAGAGACGCCGCCGCCGCCUGCAACACGCGGACGGGGUGGGGAUGUUGCUCUCGAAGAUCAACUCACUGGCCCACCUGUGCUCGGCGCCCGGCGGAGAUCUGCACCCGGUCAAGCCGCUGCCAGGAAAAGAGAAGGAGCCGCUGGAGAAGCUGUACCAGGUGGGCCCGCUGCUAGGCAGUGGUGGCUUCGGCUCUGUCUACUCGGGCACCAGGCUGGCAGAUGGAGCUCCGGUGGCCAUCAAGCAUGUGUCCCGGGACCGGGUUUCAGAAUGGGGAGAGCUGCCUGGUGGUACGAGGGUACCCAUGGAGAUCUUGCUGCUGAAAAAGGUCAGCUCAGGUUUUCGUGGGGUGAUCCGGCUCCUGGAUUGGUUUGAGAGGCCAGACAGUUUCAUCUUGGUUUUGGAACGGCCAGAUCCUGUGCAGGAUCUCUUUGACUUCAUCACAGAGCGAGGUGCUCUGCCUGAGGAUUUGGCCCGCAGCUUUUUUCGCCAGGUUUUGGAGGCAGUUCGACAUUGUCACAGCUGUGGAGUCCUGCACCGGGAUAUCAAGGAUGAGAAUAUUCUGAUUGACCUGAGCAGUGGAGAACUCAAACUUAUAGACUUUGGAUCUGGAGCACUGCUCAAGGACACAGUGUACACUGACUUUGAUGGGACUCGUGUAUAUAGUCCUCCAGAAUGGAUCCGCUAUCACAGGUAUCAUGGCAGAUCUGCUGCUGUCUGGUCGCUUGGAGUAUUACUCUAUGACAUGGUCUGUGGUGAUAUUCCAUUUGAGCAUGAUGAGGAGAUCAUAAGAGGCCAGGUCUAUUUUCGGCAAAGGGUUUCUCCAGAGUGCCAGCAUCUCAUUAAGUGGUGUUUGGCUCUGAGGCCUUCUGACAGACCAUCCUUUGAAGACCUUCUGAACCAUUCUUGGAUGCAAGAUGUUCUGCUGCCUCAGAAAACAGCUGAGAUCCACUUGCACAGUCUAAUUCAAGAGUCUAACAAAUAGCAGUGUGUCUCAUCCUUCUGGGGUGCAAAGCAGCGUUCUGCCCUGCUGAGUCUGGCUGAGUGGGGACUUACAGGAAUACUAUUCAUCUCAUUCAAGACGUAGGCUGCUGCCUGGAGACUCUUCCAAGCUUGGAGAAACCUCUUCCUCUCUGGUGGAGUGGACUUGAACUCCUUGGUGCCCGCCUUGCAAACCUCCUUGCCACUAGAUGACUUGAGCAAGUCUGAGUGUCCGUAACCUGCUGAAUCCUAGAAUAUGAAAUGAGUGGAGCAGAGAACUAGAGCAGAUGUUUCAGUUGGGGGAAUCUGGGGGUAUGGGAGUGGGGAGGGAAGGUACUGCUUUGGAUUGGCUGCCUGUCUUCACUGUGUCACCGUGUUCCCGAGUGCCUUCAGUUGCAAACUGAGCUAUGUUGGGGGGGAAAUACUUGAACGUUCCUUCACUGCUGCUGUCUCAAGAUUCUUCUGAGUUUUAGUGUAUUCCACCUUCUAAAAGAACUUCAUCUAAAGAGGCUGGGGGUGCUAUAUUGACAAACCCUAGCAAAUUGUUCAGUAUGAACUGAGUUGGCUUUUGCAGCCUCUCAUAAGCCAAGGAAUCCUCAAGUGCACAAACAAUGCAACCCAAUUGGACUGUAAAUUUGUACAGAACAAUACAGGAACAAAGCUUGGUGUACAGAAGAUUGUAGUUUAUAAUGUUUUUACUUUUGUUUAAUUUAUUUCUAGGGUUUUUUAAUGGAAUGUCCUAACUUGUAGGAUCUUAUUUAUUUUAUUUAUGAAUCAUGUGGGUUCUUUAAGCCUACACCUCACUUCUACAGCUGCUGACUUGGUUUCCUCUCUCAUGGUUCUCUCCUCCCUGCCCCUACCCAGUGUUUCCUCAUUGGGUUUUAUCUUCUGCUCGAUGUCUUGCCACUGUAUGGAGCAGCUGACCACUUCUCAGCCAUCUGUAGAUAUUUCUGGCUGUGACUGUUCAGCCUCCCUGAAAGUUAGAGACAUGUUUUCACAGGUAUUGGUUGGGGAGAGUUUAUGUAUAUAGCAUGUGUAUAUAGUGCUCUUCUUAUUGAAAGUGGGGCAAGAUACCCUAGACUUCAGCACUGUCAAGCUUGUACAAGUAACUUGAUGUGUAGUCUGCUGGUUUUGUUAAUAGCUAAUACUGUACAGGGAAUUCAGAAAUGCUAUUUUUUUUAUACAUGCUGUUUUAAAUAAAAACAAAAUCACUUGA